AUGGUGUACAAGAAGAGGCUGAAGCGUUUGAGCAGCUUGAAAAAAGAGAAAGCUAAGGGGGAACCCACUGGUUUUAGCUACCUGGAGAAGGUUUUAGAGAAAAUAGAGCCAAAGUCUACUCAGAACACAAUGAAGAAAAAGAAGCCCUAUGCUGUGGCUUCCAUUUCCUCUAUUGAGAAACUGAAGCAGGAGCGGAUUGAUUUGAAAUGGCAAGCACGAGAAGAGAAGCAGCUGGCAGACUGUUAUGCCCAACAAAUAAAAGAACUGGAAGAGAAGUUUCAGAAAAAAGUUGGAGAAAUUGGCCAAAUUCAAUUAGAACUGAAAUUAAUAAAGGAGUUCCACAGGGAGAAAGCAGCUAUGGAGAAAGAGCUGGAAGAUUUAAAAGAGAGUAUGGAGAUUUCAAAUAGGAGACAUCAAGAAGUGGUUGUGAGAUUGGAGAGGAGGUUUCUUGAAGAAAAGAAAAGACUGGAAGAUGAUGUUGAGAAAAAGCAAAUAAUGAUGGCAGAGACUGCCCAGCGUGAGGCUGUUUUGCAGCUGAACAGCACUGGGAGAGAGGUGUUUAAGAAUGUUCGUCUUCACGGUGCAUUUGCUUACCAGCUGAAAGAGAUAAUGGAAUUGCAGAAAAUCAAACAGAAGUUAGAAGAGGACAAAACUCUUCUGUUACAGGAGAAGGAAACCAAUGAGGGUUUGAUUCGAAAAAAGGUCCUACAGAUCAAUCGCCAGAAAGCACAGAUUGGAGAUCUGCAGCGUAAAGUGGAAAAGCUGGAGAUGGCCUUAUGUCGCAUGACCAGAGAAUCUGUGAGAGAGUCUCAGAAAACACAGCAUCAGGCACUGAUAGAAAACCAGGCAAGCAUGGUGGAGAUCAAGAAACUGCAGCAACUACUAGAAAUGAAGGAUCGGGAGAUGAACCGAGUGAAGAAACUAGCCCGGAAUAUCUUAAAUGAGAGGACUGAGGUGGAAAGGUUCUUCCUAGAUGCUCUGGAACAUGUGAAGCAGGAGAUCAUAUCCAGCAGAAAGCACUAUAAGAAAAAGGCCCAAACUGCCUAUUACAGAAAAAUGAUGGAGGCUUGCGCAGGGAAGGAAGAAUUUCCCAAAAUCAAAACAUUCAAAAGCAACAUAAAUAGCACAAAUAGUGUGUACAGAGACCUAGAGGAAGCAGGGAAAUGCUACUGGGAAAAAAUCCAGUUCGAAAAAGUGGAUAUCAGUGAGUUGACAUGGGAACAAAAAGAACGUGUUCUGCGAUUGCUUUUUGCCAAAAUGAAUGGCACAAAUCCAUGGUAAUAUUCUAGAAUUUUGGCUACUUCAGCUCCAGCUCCUGACGAUACUAAAGAAGAAAGGAAAAUCGGCACAGAAAAUACUUCUCCCAACCUAAUAUUCAUUACACAGCAGGCCGAAUUAUCAGAUUCAUCAUCUUCUGCAGUAAUCCUUCCGCACAUUCAGAUGUUAACACUGCAGACAGAGUAAGGCAGCUGUACACGUUGCAUGAACGACAGCCACAGCAAUUACCAACUCAUCUGCACUUUUUAUUUGGGAAGGUGUCUUGUGAGCAAAGCUGCGCAUUCUAAAUCCCCUGCCUGCUGCACUGCUGCUUUGACUACGCGUUUGAAAUCCAUCUGCAAUGUAGUUAUUUUCCUCCUCCUUAAAGUAAAGAUUUUAUUCUUUCCCAAGCCAGGAGCUCGGAUGACCCUGUACAAAGCACUAGGAUUUGGACUAGUGGUUAGAAGUCUCUAUAUACGUUGCUAUAAUUUGAUGAAGAUAUAUUUUCAGUUUGUAAUAGAGUAAUUUACACGAAGCUUAAGAGUUUUUGUGAUCGAAUGAUGUGUAUGUGGAAACAGAAACAAGGCAUUCCCUGAAAUGCUGUAUGAGGAAAUUGGUACAGAGGUCCCUGAAAUACUGUAAAAGGCAGACGUAUACAUGGAUUACAGGAGUCACAGAUCAGCCUCUGCAAAGAGGGGAAUAGUCAACAUCACACCUAUGUAAUGUCUUGCCAAGGAACAGUCGUAUUCUGCAGAAAUGUAUUAGCACGUUUUUAAUUCGUAAUCAAAUUGCGAGGUGAGAAUUUCCCUCUCGGGUAUAGCAGAGGAAAAAAACCAAGAUAUAAACAUUAGUGAAUGCACAGCAAUUGCACUAAUACAUAACUGUCAGUUACAAGGCAUCUUCACCAGAAGGCAGGAUACGAAGUGUUCACAUUCAGGUUGUUUAAUUAGAACAAGUAAUGGUUACAAUCAUUAGAAUAAUAUUAUUUUCCAUGGGUGCUUGAAUGAGUUCCCUGCAGAUCCCUCAUGGCUGCAUCAUCUUCCAGGAACCAGGAAUAAAAAUACAGGCUCUCCAGCUCCAAAUGCACAGAUUCUUAAAAACAGGGUAUAGCAAGUCUUACCCUUCUCUAGUAAUGGGACGUGCAGUCCCUAGAGAAUAUGACUGUGUUUGAGCGAGUGUGACAAGGAGUCAAUCAAUCAACACAAGAAAUACAGCUAUAGUCAGGAAAAGAAACCAAGAGAACAGGCCUGGCUGCUUUGUGAUU